ACGACUAGCAAACGCGUUAGUGCAUUUCAAGAUUCAUGUGCUGUUUACCUCAACACGUGCGGUGGUUUUUGUUUAUAUUUUUACUCGAGGAUUUUGCCUAAAAACACCCGCAAAAUGAAAUUUUCCUACAAAUUUUCCAAUUUGUUGGGCACAAUAUAUCGAAAUGGAAACUUGGUGUUCACGCCGGAUGGAAAUUCGGUUAUCAGUCCGGUUGGUAAUAGGAUAACGGUCUACGAUUUGAAGAAUAACAAAUCCCGCACCUUAUCACUCGAGUCGAGAUACAACUAUACAAACCUAGCUCUUUCGCCAGAUGGAAGUCUCUUGAUUGCAGUGAACGAGCAAGGAGAGGCUCAGCUCAUAAGCAUGAUGUCUUGUACAGUGAUCCACCGGCACAAGUUCCAGACGGGUGUCCAGUGCAUCUGCUUCAGUCCAAACGGGGCUUUUUUCGCUGUGGCUGUUCAGAAUUUAGUACUUGUAUUCUGUGCACCGGGUGAAAUUACUGGAGAGUACAAUCCUUUCGUUCUUCGUCGGAGAUUCCUCGGCGGCUACGACGAUAUCACUUGGUUGGACUGGUCCUCAGACUCUCGGCUUUUGGCCAUUGGUUGUCGGGACAGCUCCACCAAAAUCUGCGCCUUAAACUAUACGAAAAACUUCCGCACAUAUAAUCUUAGUGGCCACACGGAUGCCAUUGUGGCCUGCUUCUUCGAGGCUAACAGUUUGCACCUUAACACAAUAAGUCGCAAUGGACAGCUGUGCUUGUGGGAAUGCAGUAUGGCACCUUCGGAUUUGGAAGACGUAGAGCGGCCAAAAAUUGCUCCCCCACAGAGAAAAAAGAACAAAAAGGCGGACUCCGACAAUGAGUCCGAAGAUGACGUUGAAAAUACAGUGGAAAAGGAUGCUUCAAAGGAGGAAUCUUCUAAAGGAGCUGGGGAUGUCAACGAUCUUAAAGAUGAGGCCGAAAAGAAGGCUCAUCCCUUUUUCUACAAGAAGUUAGCUCGCCACUAUUUGGCCGAUGAGCCGCGCAAGGAGCAGCGAGAUGUCCAGCUGACGGCAGCAAACUACAACACUCGCACUAAGGUCCUGGUGGUGGCGUUCAGCAACGGAGCCUUUUACCUCUACGAACUGCCCGACGUUAAUAUGAUUCACUCGCUGAGUAUCUCCGAUUAUCCAAUUUCGGCGGCCCUCUUCAACUGCACUGGAGAUUGGGUGGCCUUGGCUUCCCGGGAGAUCGGACAGCUUCUGGUGUGGGAGUGGCAGAGCGAGCAGUAUAUCAUGAAGCAGCAGGGCCACAGCAGCGAGAUGACAUGCAUUGCCUACUCCUCGGAUGGUCAGUUCAUUGCCACUGGUGGAGAAGAUUCCAAAGUAAAACUGUGGAACACGCAAAGCAGCUUUUGUUUUGUGACCUUCAGCGAGCACACAAGUGGGGUGACUGGCAUCCAGUUCAGCAGGAACAAAAAGUUCCUGGUUAGCAGUUCCUUAGAUGGCACUGUGCGCUCCUUUGAUGUCAAUAGAUACCGCAACUUCAGGACUUUCACUUCACCCACUCCUGUUCAGUUUUCCUGCGUGGCUGUAGAUUAUUCCGGCGAGUUGGUUGUGGCUGGUGGACAGGAUGUCUUUGACAUAUUCCUUUGGUCGGUGAAAACAGGAAAGCUGUUGGAAAUCAUCAGUGGCCAUGAGGGACCAGUGGCUUCCGUUGCAUUCUCCCCAGUGGCCACCUCUUCUACAUUGGUGUCUGGAUCUUGGGACAAAACCGUCAAGAUCUGGAAUUGUCUCGAAAGCAACAGCGAGCAUGAAACUAUUGACGCUCUUUCAGAUGUAACGAAUGUGACUUUCAGUCCAAGUGGUGAAGAGAUUGCCGUGGCCACUCUGAGUGGAAACAUCACAAUUUUUGACGUGAAGUCCGCCGGCCAAGUAAUUACCAUAGAGGGCCGCAAUGAUCUGAGCGGGGGACGCCUGGAAACCGAUAUAAUAACAGCGAAAAAGAAUGCUCAAGCUAACUAUUUCUCAACGAUUGAGUACUCUGCGGAUGGCGAAUGUAUACUGGCUGCUGGCAAGUCGGCCAACAUCUGUAUUUACCAUGUCAGAGAAGCUAUACUUUUGAAGAAAUUCGAAAUCACACAGAACCACAGCUUGGAUGGUCUUAAUGAUUUUAUCAGUCGAAAACAUUUAAGUGAAUUCGGCAACAUGGCACUGGUGGAAGACCGCGAAGAGUUGGAGGGCGGCAAGGUGGCUAUUAGAUUGCCAGGAGUUCGCAGCGGAGACAUGUCCUCCAGGCGAUUCCAACAAGAAGUUCGAGUGUUUUCAGUGAAGUUCUCACCCACGGGUCAGGCAUUCGCAGCUGCCGGAACCGAAGGACUCUGCAUUUAUGCCUUGGAUAAGGGAGUUGUGUUUGAUCCCUUCGACUUGUCGCUGGAAGUCACACCGAAAGCGGUCCACGAGUCCCUCAAAAAGCAGAACUACACCAAGGCGCUGGUCAUGUCCCUGAAGCUAAACGAGCCCAAUUUGAUUGCCCUAGUGCUGGAGCGAGUGCCGUAUAAGGACAUCGAACUGGUUUGUGCGGAUCUGUCGCCAGAGUUUGCCCAGCGAUUGCUGCAACAAUUGGCCCGUCAUCUUCAGACCACGCCGCACAUCGAGUUCUAUCUGCAGUGGAGCUGCUGUCUGCUCACCAAGCACGGAAACCAGGAUGGAGUCUUUCAGCACACGGGACUGCUGGCCUUGCACGAGGUGCUUUCGAGGAAGUACGAGAUGCUCAAUAAGAUCUGCGACUAUAACAAAUACACGUUGAGAGUACUCCUGGAUAGAGCCGACAAAUUGGAGCAGGAAAAUGAGGACAAGCCUACUGCCAAUGCAGACGACAGUGAUGAGGAAAUGGUGCUUAUCAGGUCAAAGGACAACGAAAAUGGUCAGUCGCAAUUCACCGACGAGGAGGAAAGUGCCAGUGACUCCGAAGAAGAUAUAUAGGAGCCAGAUCCCUAUAGUCUCGUACCUGUUCUCUCGUUUUCUUUGUUACAAAGACCAACAACUACAUAGUUUGUUUGAUAGAUGUACGCGCCUUGUCUUUUAUUAAGAAUAAAUUUAAAGCUUUUCGAUAACAUUAUUAGAGGGUUCACUGAACUACGAGUAGCUGAGUGAACAACAUAACUUAAAAGAUGGAAAGAAUAUAGAUAUUUAUAUAAACUUAACUUGGUAUAGCGGUUACGAUCCUAGAUAAAUAUAUAUGCAUGUAAUAUAUAGUGGUGAUGUAAUGUAUUUACAUUGUGUCCGUAUUUUCAUAUCAAAUAUAAACUCGAUUUAGCUUAACAAAUAUA